AGCCUACUCCUUUUAAUUUUUGGUAUUUCACUUUAUUUUCUUUUACAGAACAGAUAGGGAAUCAUUAUGCUCUUGCUCACCCUUGAACAAAUCAGAGUAAUUACACUGAAGUAAUGGGCUAAUCUGCAUUUUUAUACCAUAGAUCAGAAUAAUGUCCAUUGAACUCUCCUCUUCACAUGGCUGUCUUCUGCUCAGCAAGCUUUAUAUAGGAAGGGCCACCUCUGAAGGCUCAAUCCAGCAUGGCCUGACGCCAACACAGACGGAUAUCAACAGCAGUUACAACAACACGGUGCCUCCCAAAUUGAAGGAAAUGAAAAACCAAGAGGCUGCUGUGGGUCAGAAGCUAGUGCUAAGGUGUGAAACCACUUCAGAGUACCCUGCGCUCAGAUUCAAGUGGUUAAAGAAUGGAAAAGAGAUAACCAAAAAAAACAGACCGGAAAAUAUCAAGAUCCCCAAAAAACAAAAGAAAUACUCUGAGCUUCACAUUUAUAGAGCCACCUUGGCCGACGCCGGGGAAUAUGCAUGCAGAGUGAGCAGCAAACUAGGGAAUGACAGUACUAAAGCCAGUGUUAUCAUCACGGACACCAAUGAGAGCACCAGCAAGAUACCAGUAUCAACAGAAGGGACAAAAACUUCUUCACAACCCAUGCUUAUGAUACAAUCUUCAACAGAAGGAACAAACACUUCCUCCUCCACUUCUACAUCUACAACUGGGACAAGUCAUCUCACAAAAUGUGACAUAAAGCAGAAAGCCUUCUGUGUAAAUGGGGGAGAGUGUUACAUGGUUAAAGACCUCCCAAACCCCCCAAGAUACCUGUGCAGGUGCCCAAAUGAAUUUACUGGUGAUCGCUGCCAAAACUACGUAAUGGCCAGCUUCUACAAGCAUCUUGGGAUUGAAUUUAUGGAAGCUGAGGAACUGUACCAGAAACGCGUGCUGACCAUAACUGGCAUUUGCAUUGCUCUUCUAGUAGUUGGCAUCAUGUGUGUGGUGGCCUACUGCAAAACCAAGAAGCAGAGGAAGAAGUUGCACGACCGCCUUCGGCAGAGCCUGCGCUCAGAAAGGAACAACAUGGUGAACAUGGCUAACGGGCCGCAUCACCCCAACCCGCCGCCAGAUAACGUCCAGCUGGUCAAUCAAUACGUUUCAAAAAACAUAAUCUCCAGUGAGCAUGCCGUUGAGCGAGAAACAGAGACCUCGUUCUCCACAAGCCACUACACUUCAACCACGCAUCACUCCACCACAGUCACCCAGACACCCAGCCACAGUUGGAGUAACGGCCACACCGAGAGCAUCCUUUCCGAAAGCCGCUCCGUGCUGGUGAGCUCCUCCGUGGAGAACAGCCGACAUGCCAGCCCUGCAGGGACGCGGGGACGCCUCAACGGCAUUGGUGGGCCACGGGAGAGCAACAGUUUCCUCAGGCAUGCAAGAGAGACCCCCGACUCCUACCGAGACUCUCCCCACAGCGAAAGGUAUGUCUCAGCCAUGACCACACCAGCUCGCAUGUCACCCGAAGAUUUCCACACACCGACUUCUCCCAAGACCCCCUCUUCCGAGAUGUCUCCACCAGUUUCCAGCUUGACCGUGUCCCUCCCUUCGGUGGCAGUGAGUCCCUUCGUGGAAGAGGAGAGACCGCUGCUCCUGGUGACCCCGCCGCGGCUACGGGAGAAGUACGACCACCACCUUCAGCAGUUCAACUCCUUCCAUCACAAUCCUGCCCAUGAGAGCAGCAGCCUGCCACCCAGUCCUCUGCGGAUCGUGGAGGAUGAGGAAUACGAGACCACACAGGAGUAUGAACCAGCACAGGAGCCUCCAAAGAAACUCACCAACAGCCGGAGGGUAAAAAGAACAAAGCCCAAUGGCCAUAUUUCCAGCAGAGCGGAAAUGGGCUCCGACACAAGCUCUGAGAGCAGUAGCUCUGAGAGUGAAACGGAAGAUGAGAGAAUAGGCGAGGAUACACCUUUCCUGAGCAUACAGAACCCCAUGGCAGCCAGUCUGGAGCCGGCCACCGCGUACCGGCUGGGUGGGAGGAGUAUAUAA